AUGCAACGCGGCGAGAGCGCGGGCGCCUUUGCGUCCCAGCUCGGAGACAUUCCCGAUUUGCUGAAGAAAGCUGACAAUCUGCUGCGGCCGGCGGGUUUCCUCAGCUCGCUUCUCGGCCGAGGAAGUGACCCAGACGCAGCCCUCUCGAUUUACACGCAGUGCGCGCAGAGAUACAAACUCGCCAGGCAGUGGAACGACGCAGCAGACUGCUACGUGCGAGCAUCCCUCGCGGCUGAGCGCGGAGACGACAAGAGCACACAGGCGCAGAUGCUGGCAGAAGCAGGCAACGUUUUGAAGCGCGUGAGCGCGAGCAACUCAGAAGAGCAACUGGUAGCAGCAGCUGCGGUGUACAUACAGCAGGGCCGGUGGAGCCAGGCGGGGAAGCUGUAUCGGAGCAUCGCUGAGAUGUACGAAGACGACACGACCUCGGGAUUGGGAGGGAAAGGCGAUGGGUUGAGCAAGGUGAUGCUGUACUACAAGAAGGCUGCAGAAACCUACGAGUUGGACGACUACGGGAAGAGCGCGUUCUCGCAGUGUCGGUGCAAAUAUGCCGAAUAUGCAGCGAAGAACGAAGACGCGCUCCACGAGGCCGUGCAGAUCUUUGAGCAGGAGGGAGACAAAGCCACUCGAAACAACCUUCUCCAAUUCAGCGCGAAAGACUUUUACUUGAAAGCUCUCGUUUUACUGCUGUCGUCCGGAGACGCGGUGUCCGCGCACAUUGCGUUGGAACGGUACAUGGGGAGAGAUCCGCGAUUCGAAGGCAGCCGCGAAGGCCGCUUAGCAACGGCACUGGUUGCAGCUAUGCAAGAAGGGGAUGUUGACGCAUUCACAGCUGCUCUGGACGACUUUGAUCGAAUCAGUAAAUUGGACCCUUGGAAAAUCCAUUUUCUUCUCAAGGCGAAGCGCCGACUGAUGCACGAUGAAGGCGAAGGCGAGCACGUGGUGAUCGGAGACGACGGAGAAGUCGACCUCUCUUAA